CGCUUUGGGGGGUGAAAGAAAGGAAGGAGGCCUGCAUGGGCGCAAAAAGAGGGGCCGUUUCAUACAUUCGCUCAUAUUGACUGGGGCUCAGGUGGGCUAAAGUAAUGAACUUCUAUUCCUUGAAUAAAAAAAGUUAGCUCUGUGAUUUGCAAGUGUUAAAAGGGUUACGCACCGAGCUAUACCCCAGGAGCAGCCGUGCGUAAAGAUCUGGAGACAUCAUGUUUUGGAGAACGUGGCCCCGCUGUCUUUCUGUGCUGGUGUGCGCGGCGGUGGUGAGCGCCCAGUUCCCCAGAGAGUGCGUGACCCCGGAGGGACUCAGGAGCGGACAGUGUUGCCCGGCGCCGGCCGGAUUCCCCGGGGACCCGUGCGGUGCCAGCGCGGGGCGCGGCCAGUGCGUGGCCGUCUCGGCGGACGCGCGGCCGCACGGGCCGCAGUAUCCCCACGACGGCCGGGACGAUCGGGAGCGGUGGCCCGUCCGCUUCUUCAACCGCACCUGCCGGUGCAGCGGCAACUUCAGCGGGUAUAACUGCGGCCGCUGCAGACACGGGUGGACCGGGGCCAGCUGCGAUCAAAGGGUUUCUGUUGUGAGGAGAAACGUGAUGCAGCUCAGUGCUGACGAGAAGCGGGCCUUCGUGGGCGCGCUGCACCAAGCCAAGCGGACGCCGCACCCCGACCUGGUGAUCGCCACGCGCCACUACUCGGACAUCUUCGGCCCUGGGGGGAACGCUUCGCAGUUUGAAAACGUCACGAUCUACAACUACUUUGUCUGGUCCCAUUACUACUCUGUCAGCAAGACCUUCCUGGGCGCCGGGCAGGCCAGCUUCGGCGGCGUGGACUUCUCCCACGAAGGUCCCGGCUUCCUCACCUGGCACAGGUACCAUCUGCUGCAGCUGGAGCGAGACAUGCAGGACAUGCUGCAGGAUCCCACCUUCGCCCUGCCCUACUGGAACUUUGCCAUCGGUGGGAGCACGUGUGACAUCUGCACGGAUGACCUGAUGGGAGCCAGGAGCAACUUCGACAUGAAUUCCCUGAGCAACAACUCCGUCUUCGCACAGUGGAGGGUCGUCUGCGAGAGCGUAGAGGACUACGACACGCUUGGGACCAUCUGCAACAGCACAGAGACGUCUCCCAUCAGGAGAAACCCGGCUGGGAACGUCAACAGGCCCAUGGUUCAGCGUCUCCCGGAGCCCCAGGAUGUGGCCGACUGCCUACGAGUCAGCACCUUCGACACGCCGCCCUUCUACUCCACCUCCUCCGAGAGCUUCAGGAACACGGUGGAAGGCUACAGCGCCCCCCAGGGGAACUACGACCCCAUAGUGAGGAGCCUCCACAACCUGGCUCACCUGUUCCUGAAUGGAACGGGAGGACAGACGCACCUGUCGCCCAACGACCCCAUCUUCGUCCUGCUGCACACCUUCACUGACGCCAUAUUCGACGAGUGGCUCAGGAGACACGGCUCAGAUCUGGCGGUCUACCCGGAGGAAAACGCCCCCAUCGGUCACAACAGGGGAUACAACAUGGUGCCCUUCUGGCCCCCCGUGACGAACGCUGAGAUGUUCGUGACCGCCCCUGAAAAUCUGGGUUACUCUUACGAAGCCGAGUGGCCGGGCACUGCUUUCACCAUGACCGAAAUAAUAACCAUAGCCAUAGUUGCCGCCCUGGUGGUGGUGGCGCUCAUCUUCGCAGCCACCACGUGCGCUGUGCGCGCCCGCUCCCACAAGAUGGAGCACCAGCCUCUGCUCGGGGAGCAGUACCAGCGCUACGACGACGACAAAGGUCAAUCUGUCGUCUGAGAUCGCCGCUCCAACACGGGCCUUUUCUCCUGAUUUUUCUGACACAAAGCAAUGUUGUUCUCUGUCCUCAGUAAAAACAAAGAACUCUUAAAGCAUGCAUGGCCAACUUCCAAAAA